UGCAUCAGGCCGCCCCUUUAGUUACAAGUAUGGGUUUGGACAAUUGGAUGCCUACGCAUACGUCACAGCUGCGCAAGACUGGGAGCUCGUCAAGCCGCAGGCUUGGUUUGAACCCCCGGCCAUCCAGCUUGCCAAUGGCACCAUGGACGAAGAUGAAAAUAUGUCUGGAGGACAAUUUAUCGCUGCAGGAGGAGUGCGUAGCACUUUUACAAUGACACAGACUAUGUUAGAGGAGCACAACUUGGAGCAAUUAGAACAUAUCACGAUCCGCGUAUGGAUCACGCACACGAAACGCGGCGACGUUGAAGUCGAGCUCGUUAGUCCGAGUGGUGUACGAAGCGUGCUGGCAGCGCCUCGUAAAUCCGAUCAUUCCAGAACUGGUUAUCCAGGCUGGAGAUUUAUGUCUGUCAAACACUGGGGUGAAAAUCCGGUUGGAGACUGGACAAUCCGAGUCUCUGAUCAGGGUGACGAAAAUCAUAAUGGCACCUUUCUUGGUUGGAGAAUGAUGUUCUGGGGAUCUACUAUCGAUCCAGCGGGAGCAAAGACAUACAUACUUUCCCAAUCUGACGAUCUCCUUCCGUCCCCUGAAGACGAACAAGAAUCUGAGAUACCUACACCCACCACGACAAAAUCACAUCCUAAGCCCACAUCUAAUCUACCUGGAGAUCACGGCACUGCAGAAGGAGAGGCAGAUAAGCCAGCUUUCCCCGGAGGGCAAGACGACGC